GAAGAUUUUGUCCAGUGAACUAAAAGGAAAAUGAGCCAAUCACAGCAUAGUAACGGCCAAUGAAUCGGGAGAGUUCGGCUGAGACGAGGUAAGAACGGUUCAUUUCGUGAAUCUUUCGCAAUUCGCUUCAGUUUGCCGUAGGGGAAGGAACGUUUGUUUCGCGAUAGAAUGUUUUUUCAUGCUGCAGUUUAUAUCUAUCAUAUAUAGGCAGCUUUAGGUGGAUUAACAUGCGAAAUUAUUCAUUUUUUACCUAGCUGUUGAUAUAUUUCCUAUGGAAAUAUGCAUGGUGUAUCAAACUUCAAUCAGAAUCUGUGUUUGACGAUGCCGUUUGACAGCUUAACUUUUUUUUAAAUUUAAACUCACUUUUUUCGCUUGAUAUAAUUGUUAAAAGAAUCCGUAAAUUAUACGUCGAUUGGAAUCUACUUGGUCCAAAUGGAUUGAUCUUUUCUCUUAAUCAAGGAAUUUUGUUCGCUCUUAUUAAAAUCUUGAUAGAACUAUUUUCAAAAGUGGAAGAAGAUAUUAAAUUAAACAUUUACGAUCACGAUCACAUUUGGCUGUCAAUGUAACAAUAAUCGAGCACAAGAAUUGUGUAAUAUCUAUUAUACAUGAAUGGUUGGAGAUUUGCCAGACAUCGUCGGAGAAGGAUCGAUUUCAGAUCUAGGAGAUCUAAAAGGAUGGUGGAAUAACCACGCUAUAGUAGCCUGGAGCUUUGUCCUUUUCGGCUGUUUCUUACUAAAUGUCACGCUUCUAUUGGCAUUCCUUAUACGUCCGUCAUUACGGACUAUUUCCAACAGAUUUGUCAUGAAUUUAACAGUAUCGAACCUGUUGGUAUGCGCCAUCAUGAACCCACUGUUAAUUAUGGACGCCGCUUCGACAUCGUCCUCUUUCAUAGUCGAAUCUCAAUCCAUUGGAAGUAUCUGCGCGAUAUCAGAAGGUGCUGUGGCUAUCGUUACCACGUCUUCAGUCUUCUCGGUCCUAUUGAUCGCUGUGGAUCAAUACUUCGCCGUGGUAGAUCCUCUCCGUUACCGAGCUCGCGUGGACAAACUGAAAUCUGGAAUAUUGAUUAUUUCAACCUGGUUCAUCUCCAUAAUUUUUGGCUUCCUCGCUUUUUUUAAUCCGAACCCUCAAAGUUUCUGGCAAUCUUGCAUAUCCAGAAACAAAAAUUUAUCUUCCAACAUUUCUUUCGAUUUCCUGACAGAAUCGACAGUAUUGAAUAACAACACCAGCGAAUUGAAUAUCAAUGGAAUUUCUGAAAUAGUGGAAACUGUCAAGUCUAUCAGACUCGACGGCAAUAUGGAUCUCAUAGAAAAUAGUACUACUGUGAUCUUUGAUACGCUUACAAGUGAUACAAUUACUUACGGCUUUGUCUAUGCCAUCGUGUAUAGUAUAUUCGCUUAUUUCAUCCCAUUCGUUGCUGUUUGCUGGAUUUAUGUUAGCAUCUACGUGGCAGCACAUAGAAAUUCGGAAAGGACUAGAAAAAGUGGAUCUAGACCUAUAUUAUCGUCAUCCAGUUUCACGGAAGAUCAAAAUGGCCCACCUAGGCUUCAACGUCUUCAGGCGGACACCAUUGAAGAUUUUCGCAAAUUGCCGAAAAUAUCGAGUUUAUCGUCGAUAGAUGAGACAAGCGAAACUAUGCAACCGACUGGUCAAUUAUCUCGAAGGCGAUCAUUUUCGUCUUCCAUGGAUAUAGAAGAAUCUUCUCCUCCUUUAGAGGAGAAGACAUCCUCGGGCAUUGUCUUCACGGUCGAUUUACAAAGAGUUGAAGUGACUCAAUUCACAAACGGUGAAGAAAAUUGUAAGAAUGAUAAUUUGUACAGUGAUUUAGCGAUUGAGAAAAAUAUCGAUCAAAAUAAGUAUCGGGAGCAAGAUCUGCAAUCGGAGAAAAACGACAUAUCAUCGAAAGAUUUGAAAGAAAAUGAACAAGUGUCGGAUAAUUGGAUGUCAAGAGGUUUGGAUGUCGAGGAAAGCAAUGAACCUGAAAACGAAGUUCGUUUCGAUUAUUUCGAUAAUUUAAACGUUCAUGAUAACAAGUUUUCCUUAGCUCUCUGUGAUGAUGACAAUUCAUUAAAAUCAUUGAAAAUUUCCCAAAUCGUGGAAGGAGAAGAAAAUUUAAAUAACGAAGUCAAAGAAAAUGAGCUAAAAGUAAUUCAUGAAAUUAGUGAUCGAAAAGAAGAACAUAUAUUACAAGAUAUAGACGAUGACUUGACAAGUCAAUUAUCAAACCAAGGAGAUUUUAAAAUAUCACCGAGUCCUUCAGAAGUGAGACCAAACCGUAGGUUAUCGACGUUCUUUAAUACAGACACUUUGCAGAACACACGUGAAGAUGGUAUCAAGACUGAGAAAGAUAAUAACGGUAGCAAUGUUAUUAUAGAAUCGUCCUCGUGUCUGCUGACGCCAAUAGUGACGAUUACACCGGCUCCAAGUAAAAACGAUAACUUGCAUCGUGUGUCAAGUGUGAAGAGUACCUCGAGCUACAUAAAUUCGUUGAAAGACCGGAUAAGCAAUGGUUCUAUAUUUAGGCACAGAGAAGAGACCAGAGCAGCGCGAAUAAGCGCUCUGGUGAUCGUGAUGGGUCUGACCUGUUGGUCGCCAUAUGUAAUAUUGUUGGUAAUGAAAAAUUUACCUCGGUAUACUGACCAACAUUUGUCUCAUAAAUAUGACGUACUGGCCUCCAGUUUCUUGAUUCUGGCCGCCUAUAUUAGCCCGUUGUUAUUCGGAUAUAGAUCAAAACGAGUGAAACGUGAGUUGAGGAGGUUCUUCUGUUUCAGGAGAGAAUUAUCCUAUAAAAAUAAUCGAAGUUUAAUGGCCAAGAAGGUGUUGAAAAGACGGCACAGUAGCAAUCUUAGUCAUUUCGAGGUGGAUCAUAAAUACAAUAUAUUCAAUUGUAUGUACGGAAGGAAUCGAUGGCCGAAGGAAAAGGUUCAAUUUGUUCAAGUACCGGACACAGCGUUGGUUGUAGAAACUUGUAGGAGCAGUUUCUCCAGUGGAGCAAGUACUCAGAUUUCGAGCACUUCGACGGAGGAAUGUUGACACGUAUCCAUGACGUUCCUGAAAGUUUGAUGUUCGUUUGAAAAGUAGUUUAUUAGUAAUGUCUUUUAUAAAGUACUUAAUUCGCAAUUAUAAUUAUAUAUCUUUUUAAAGUUGUUUUUUUUGUGAAACAAUUUCAGAGACGUUGAUAGAUAGAGACUGAACAAAAAACAUUAAUUAUAUAAGAUUAAGGUUAAAGAAAAUGGUCAAAUAAUAUAAAAAUAUGUAGAGUUCGUUAAACAAUUUUCUAGAGGAAUUUUCUUAAAGGAAAUGGGCAAAAUGAGGUUCUAUUAAGUU